UUUGGAUUGAAUCGAACUGGUCUUUUACCUUUGUGUAUCAUCAUCAUCAUCAUUACUACCAGGGUCGCGCGUUUGUAGCUACUUUUAACCAGCCUACGUCCCUCACAAUAACCAGGAAGCUGGGCGAAUGCAACACGCGCUGUAUCUUUCAGGCAACUUUACACUUAAAUUAGGAGUAUUUUAAGUGAUCGGCCAUGGCUGACAAAGGUCCUGUAUUAACGUCUGGUAUCAUUUUUUACCUAUCGAUCGGGGCUGCGAUAUUUCAAAUACUCGAAGAACCCAAUUGGAAACAGGCUAAAUUCGAAUAUUUCAAACAGAAGGAAAACAUUCUUCUAAGAUAUCCUUGCUUGAAAAAAGAAGAUCUUAACUAUAUUUUGGGGGUGGUUUCAGAAGCUGCUGGACAAGGUGUGACCAUAACUGGAGAGAAAACAUACAAUAACUGGGAUUGGACAAAUUCGGUUGUCUUUGCUGCCACUAUAGUCACUACCAUAGGUUAUGGUAAUGUUGCCCCAAAGACGUCUGGUGGCCGUAUAUUCUGCAUCCUUUAUGGCCUGUGUGGAAUCCCUCUCUGUCUUACCUGGAUCAGCGAGCUGGGAUCAUUCUUCGGGGACAGAGCCAAGCGCCUGGGACAGGUCCUGACACACAAAGGCUUUUCGGUGAAAAACGUUCAGUUAAUUUGCACAGCCCUGUUCCUGCUAUGGGGUCUGCUUGUGCACCUGGUGAUCCCACCAUUUGUGUUCAUGUCCCUGGAGGGAUGGUCUUACCUGGAGGGCCUCUACUUCUCUUUCAUCACCCUCACCACUGUUGGCUUCGGGGACUAUGUCGCAGGCACUAACCCAAACAAAGACUACCCAAGGCUGUACAGGGUGUUUGCAGAGUUGUGGAUCUACAUGGGCCUGGCCUGGCUGUCUUUGUUCUUCAGCUGGAAUGUUCACAUGGUCGUGUCGGCCCACAAAGUCCUGAAGAAGAGGAGGCAGAGGCAAAAGCUCUACCAGCAGGACCAUCGAGGGCACACUGAAAAGGAUGGCAACAAUAGUCCUCGCCGCCUCCCCAAUGCUGUCGACAUAUUCAAUUUCCUGUAUGAGAAGCACGAGGACUACAGCACAGCCAUUAGGCAAAUUGGCGCUACUGCAAAGCCAAAAACAGGGAGUGAUUUUAAGGAGAUGAGUCGCUCGAAGAGCUGUAGCGACAUCCUGGGAACAAACAUCCAAACCCUGGAGCAUUCCCCACGUCGCCUAAGACGCCACCUCAGCAUCAGUCACAACAUGUUAGUGAACAGCUUUGUGAAGGGAGAGGGUCAGCGGUCUCUAGAGGAAGACAAUGAAGACCCCCUCUUGAAGGGAGACCCUUCAUCUGAGAACCACUGUCUGGAUAGAGAGACUACCAAGGAGGCAGUCAGUGUGUCCAACUUAGAACGGAACCUAAACCCUGCUGAUCUCCGAACUAACAUAAACACGAUGGAUGUAGAGCCUAACAUCAAGAGAGAGGUCACUGUUCCAAAACAAGACUGUAGAGAGAAUAGGUUUACUGUUUUGAAGGUAGUGGAGGGGGAUUCCCAGGAAGAGCAGCAUGAGAAAGACAACAGGAUCCAAAUACAAUCAGAGACAAUGGAAGAUUUAGGAUCAGCCACGCAGCAUUCCCCUGGGGGGAGGGUUGGGACCAAACUCCAACGACUUUCUUUAUAGCGAUGGACGAAACGCAGGUGCCAGGUGGUGCAGCAGUUCAAGGCAUCAUCUAGGUUUGAGCCCUUCCUAUGCUGCUGGCCAAUGAGUGGCUGGGAACUCAAUAAUGCAACGCAUAUUGGCCAAGCAUCCCCUUGUCUUCCUAGCCACACUGCUACUUCUGCACUCUUUAAAUGGCCACAAUUGACUUAGAAAAAGCCCCAUCCAAAGCUUCAGUCCUGGUUGCCCAAGCAUGUUCUGUUGUUAAAAGAACACUCGACAGAACAGGUUUUCUUCUCCAUUCACGAAUGCGAUAGAAAAGCUAGUGUUUUUACUAGACUCGAUGCUGUCCAAGACCUGGUGUCAUCUGGGGAGGCUUGGUCAGCUGGGACUGUCUUGACUCAUCGUGCCCUAGCAACCACGUAAAGUGGGUUGGGCGCCUGCUGAACUUACUGAGGACAACAGAGUGACUGACCUUAGACACUGUGAUCUGACUUCCUGGUUGGGCAUGUAGUGUGGAAAAAUGCAUAAUGGUUUGGCGCAGUCCUCAGUCGGAAAAGGGUGGCUUGCCCACUUCAGGUUGGUGGAGAGUGCCUGCCUCAAGUGGAGGAGUUUAAG